GUCAAUUACAUCAAGGGCGCCCCCAGCUGACACGCGACCUUGCGCUUGUUAAUAUAGUUUCUUGUAUACAGAGGGUAUCUAAGAGCGAGGGAGAUUCUGGACAAUAUAUCGUUUACUGUUUGUAAAAAGAACGUAGAGGCGAGCCGGCUCGCGGCCUCCUCUUCAACCAUUCCCUUUCUGCUAAGCCUGGCACUCACAUAACCAUGAUGACACUGGCGGAGGCGCUCCAGCGUGGAGCCGCGACCCCCACCGCCCACGUCGCCAGCCCGCGCCGGGUGCCCCCGGUGACGGUGCACGUAUUCAGCGACCCUGCAUGUCCAUGGUGCCACAUCGGCGCGAAGCGGCUCCAGCGGGCUGUUCGACAGUACAAAAGGCGAUACGGCCAAGCGGCACCCCUGCAGCUGGCCUGGAACCCGCUGCUGGUGGACAGCGACGUGUCAGCUGCAGGCGAGGAGGUGGAGAGCUACGCGGCUCGGCGCUGGGGGCUGCAGAGCUCGGCGGAGUGGCGCGCCCGGCUGUCGCGCAGCGGCCUGCCGGAGGGCGCGGCCUUCGCGGACUGGCGCACGGUGCCCAACACGCUGCUGGCCGCCGAACUGGUUGCCAUCGCGACCGACCAAGGACUGGCGGAUCAGGCCGUGGACCUGCUGUUCACUCGGACGUAUGAGGAGGGCGCCAAUAUUUCGCUGCUAGGCGAGCUGCUGGACAUCGGCGAGGCGCUGGGCAUGCAGCGGCACGAGCUGCGCCGCGAGCUCACCCGCUCCGACAGCCAGGUCCGCGCCGCGGUGAUGGAGCGCGAUGCUGCGGCGAAGCAGCGGCUCAAGAUCAACGCCAUCCCGCACUACAUCGUGUGCGCCGGCCCCAACUCGCGCACCAAGUACUCGCUGAACGGCGCGCACCAGACCAGCGACCUGCUGGGUGCCAUGGAGCGGGUGGCCAAGGAGGAGCUGCAGGCGGCGGGAAGGGACGCGGCGGCGGUCGCACGGGCAGCCGGCGGGCAGCCGGCCUACGGCGCGGCGCUGCUCAAGGCCGCGGCCGGCAAGCCGGCGGGCAGCAACGCCCUCUUCUGCUAAGGCGCCCGCUGCUGCUGCAUCUGCGGGCCAGACAGUAGCGCGGGGGUUGGGUGAUACAGUCGCGCCCUCGCGCCGGCAUCCAAGAAUUAUGACGGUGGCGAUAGCAUCAGCACAGGCCAGCAGUGCGCUUUUUUUGGAGAGCCCAGCCAUGCAUCAGCCUGAAACCUUUGCGGAAUGCGCAUCAUCGCCACAUGACGAGUUGUGGGAAAGCACGAUGCCGGUCUCCCGGCAGGAAGAUACAGGUGGUCGUCGAUUGAGGGAAACAGCUUCGUGCGGGGCUGGUUAUUCCAAUCUUUUUUCUUCAAUCCAACUCAUUGGCGUCACGACGCCAAUGCUAUCAUUCUUUGCAUUACUUAGCUUGAUGAAAGCCUGCGGCUGAGGGCCUUGAUCCUGCACCGUUGCGCACUGAGCGCCGACGGUCGCAGCUGUAUCCACGAGCGGUUGUCAGGGCAAUGCGCUAAUGGUGUAUGUAGCAAUAGUGGCAAGGUUGCUACCGCUGUUUCCUCUAUUUGGCUUUGCCACGCGGUAGAUGGUAAUCACCGGUUAUCUAUUAUGGCUGUCUGGUGUGGCUGCAGCAGUCCAUGCCGUGUCGAGGGGUUAUUUUCCAAACAGCGCCAAGUAUGAUGUGUGCGGAAAUGCUGUGGGCCUACUAAGGGUAGACUAUGUUGCAUAUAUUACUGUUGAAGGCAGAAGGCCGUAGCGGACCGAGUGGCUAUCAGGGAUGGAAGGCAGUUGCGCCCAGCACAGGCACAUCCCGCUGUUCAUGGCGGGCACAUGCAUCCAGUGCCUGGCGACCCGCACGCAUGAAAGGUAUAGAGCUAUUCUCUCAAGGCACGGCGAUCUUCAAGCAUAGACACGUUAAGUUAUUUGUUAGUUUGUGUUACUUCAUAGAGCGACAGCCGAGAUUGGUGAAAGUGGAGGGGCAUUGCAAGAGCUGAAGUUUAUAGCAGGGUAGAGAGCGCGUGUGCGCAACCGCAGCGCGCCACGCGCGUGUACAACGCAACCAGUGUACGGUAGCAUUAAGUAGGCGCAGCCUAGCGGUAGGGCGGUGCAGUCUGAGCGAAGAACGAGGUGGUUUUGGUUAUCAUUUGGUAGUGGAUGGCAUGGGAGAGGGAUUAGCGCCACGAUUGCAGGUGCCUGCACGGCAUUGCGGUGGAGAUGAUACACGGUCCAACCCAAUAGUGGACCGAAUAAUGCGCUGAACCAGGCAGCGCAGGAGAGGGAGCGCGGGAUAGCGGCGUGUUAUAGUAAUUUGGUAUGCCCGCCGCGACAAGCGGCUGUGCUUCACAUUAUAUUGCGUGGUGGCGGCCAAGAGGGUUGUACACAUUUCACUGCAUACCACACGGCACACACGGUGCAUGCUAUGAGGCGGGUGGCGACCCAGCAAUACCAGGGGGCUACCUUCCCCUUGAGCAAUACAGCGUACUCACUGUAAAGACUGCCUUUA